GGGCCGGGCAACAAUAACUCGAGCGACUUUGUGCGCAAGUUGUACAAGAUGCUCGAGUCGCCCCAGGAUGAGAGUGUGGUGCGCUGGGGAGAUGGCGGAGACAGCUUUGUGGUGUUAGAAAACGAAAAGUUCACCAAGCACAUCCUGCCUAAGCACUUCAAGCACUCGAAUUUCGCCUCGUUCGUGCGGCAACUCAACAAGUACGACUUCCAUAAAGUACGGCACAACAACGAAGAAGGCGGAUCAUCACCGUACGGACCAGGCGCCUGGGAGUUCAGACAUCCCGAUUUCAAAGCCAACAACAAAGACGCGCUGGACAACAUCAGACGGAAAGCGCCCGCACCGCGGAAAGCGGGUUCAUUAGUAGAAGAGCUCAUACCGACUCAGCAGAUGGAUCUCGUCAACACACAACUAGUCGCGACACAGCAGCAACUACAGCAGUUACAGGAGCGGUACAAUGAGCUGAGCAUGCAUCACUCCAUGCUACUUCAGGAAUUGAUUGGCGUGCAGAAGACUGUCGUAAAUCACGAGCACGUCAUGCAGUAUGUGAUGAACUUUUUGAACACAAUAGAUGCGCAAAGGCGGAGGGAGAGUAAGGUUGGGCACCCUUUCCCACAAUCACGGAAUGGCGCACCGAAUGGCGUACUACCGGAGCCCGAAGCCGGUGCGCCAGACGACAUACCAGCAUCGCCUCUACAGCACGCUUCGAAGCUUCUUAGUGAGGUCAACGCAGACCAUAUUUUGAACACACGAAAUCUAGAGCAAAUGAACGAAGCCCAAAUGCGCAUCAAUGCCGCACUUACCACACCACCACCAGAUAUUGCACUACGUAACGGCACGCGCUCAUCAAGUAGGGGCGCCGCACCGCAUUCGGCGACCUCCUCCACGUCCAUGUCAUACGGCGAGCUCGACAAUCUAGUGUACCCAAUCGGUCACACUCAAGGUAUUGACCCAACGUACAGCGAACACAUCAACAAUAUCCCGUACCCAAUGCCCGCGAAACCCGCAGAAGGUCAGUUCCCGCCGGCUGCAAUGGGACGGAAGAAGAGCACGACUGUCGAUCCAGGCUGGAUACGACAGCCGCGCAUCCUGUUGGUCGAGGAUGAUCAGACGUGCAGGCGCAUCGGUGGGAAGUUCUUGUAUGCCUUCCAAUGUGCAAUCGACAGCGCUCUAGAUGGGCUAGAAGCGGUCAAUAAGAUGAAUGCCGGCGCUAAGUACGACCUGGUACUUAUGGACAUCAUCAUGCCGAACCUAGACGGAGUUUCUGCGACACACUUGAUACGACAGUUUGACAAUACGCCUAUAGUCGCCAUGACUUCGAACAUACGGAGUGACGACAUCUCGAUGUAUUUCCAGCAUGGAAUGAACGACGUUCUACCGAAGCCGUUUACCAAGGAAGGCUUACUGACGAUGUUGGAGAAACACCUGUCCCAUCUAAAAAAGCAGGCUCCGGGAAUGGCGUCAAUGGGCGCUCCUCCGCCGCCUGACGCGAUGAAUUCGGCGAAACGCAGUAUGAAGAGUGAAGACUCGCCAGCCACCUCGCCAGCUACAGUCAGCAAUUGGCACUCGCCAAGCAACAUGACUGGCGUUUCACCAGCCGGCAGUACGCAAACGGAUGAUCCCUACAUGCAAGCUGUCCACCACAGUGCUGGACCCGCACCCGGACAAUUCCCAGUCCAACCAAACAUGGCGCCUCAGCCCAUCUACUCCACAUCGCCAGGCGGACCCAUGCGGGCGCCGCCACUCCCACAACCAGGACCACCUCCACCACCGGGAGGCCCUGUUCAGCAGCAGCACCGGCGAGGGAUAUCGGACAUCUCAGGCGGGCCGAAUGAUAUGCGGGAUGUGAAGCGGCAGCAAAUGUACCCACCU